CGCCGUCCUGCCCUGAGGUGACGUCAGGCGGAGCGCUGCUCGCUGAGGCUGCGGAGUUGAGAUUCAGAGACGGACAGAGAGCCCCGAGCCGGACGAACGGACAGGCGGACAGCACCUCGUUGACUGACACUAAUCAGUAUUGUUUCUGACCGUCACAAUAAGAAGAUGCCACUGGGUGAGGACUGCCAUGCCUGGAAAAAGAAGACCACAGAUGUGAAGGAGAAGUAUGACUUCAAAGAGAUCCUGGGAACGGGAGCGUUCUCUGAGGUAGUUUUGGCCGAGGAGAAGAGGACCCAGAAACUGGUGGCGAUCAAGUGCAUCCCCAAGAAGGCAUUAGAGGGCAAAGAAAACAGCAUUGAAAAUGAGAUUGCAGUCCUGCACAAGUUGUGCGGUUACCCUCCCUUCUAUGACGAGAACGAUGCCAAACUGUUUGAGCAGAUCCUGAAAGCAGAAUAUGAGUUUGAUUCUCCUUACUGGGAUGAUAUUUCUGAUUCAGCUAAAGACUUUAUAGUGCAUCUGAUGGAGAAAGACCCUAACAAUCGUUACACCUGUGAUCAGGCUCUGCAGCACCCCUGGAUUGCUGGGGAUACUGCCCUGGACAAGAACAUCCACGAGUCUGUCAGUGCACAGAUCAAGAAGAAUUUUGCAAAGAGCAAGUGGAAGCAAGCGUUCAACGCCACAGCAGUGGUUCGUCACAUGAGGCGUCUCCAGCUGGGAACAGGUCAGGAAGGACCCAACCCCACCUUGCCAAGUCCGUGCCGAACUCAUCUGCUGAUGCCAGAGGAAGAUGCAGAGGCUUGUUGUGAGGGAGGAUGCUCCCAGAACGUCGACGGAGGAGCAGACCCUCUGUCCAACUGCACCUACCGCUGCCACCCAACCAGCAGGGUGUGAGCCCAACCUGCUCCACUUACCUAUCUAAUCAAUCCCAAGUCACUCUCUAAUUUUAACCCCCUCGGUGGAACCAGAGGCACCGUCUCCCCCUUUAUCUGGUUAGGAAUACAGCGUCAUUCCAACCUCUCGCCUGCAGGGGGAGCAAGCCUGUCCAGCCAGAGAAGGAAGACACACAGUGGGUUGAAAAGGUGGAGGAAGGAGACUUGAUGAUAAUGGUGAUGCACCAGAGCAGAUCAUUUUUGGCAUGAGUUAAAAUGAGGGAUACCAUGGAAGGGAGGGGAAGACAACUUCCUCCACCAGCGUGUCUGCGGGAUUGUUUUUGCCGAAGCAGGACAGAGCUUGUUGGACACUGUUUUUAUUAUUGAUUAUUUUUUUGGUUCAGCCUGUCUUUUUUUGUUUUAUGGUUUUGUACAUUUUUGUGUUGUCUUUUUAGCCUCCUACUGUUAAACUUUGGAGUGUAAAUCCAGAAAACAAUAUCUGCAUGACCAGGAGAGAGUUGCCCAAUGCAUGUUUUGUUAUCUUUAAAAUAUAACCGGAAAUGCAGCAGAGUGUCAGAACGAUGCAGUAAAUUGAGUCAAAACUUUUAACAUUAGGGAUCUGCAUUAAGUGUCUUGAAGUCAUGCUUUUAGACAAUCAGCAACAGAAUAGUUUAUGCAAUGAAAACUCCAUUUAUCUACGAUGUAGCCUUUUUGUGGCGAUACAGUGUUUCCAUGCAGAGGUUAGGCUUUUUGAGAGGAAAAUGCUUCUCUUGUCUCUUUUUUCUCCAGCCCUAAACCUCUUUAACCACUCGAGCACAGGGAUUUCUCUUUGUCUAAGGUGCCUUUAGGAUAUACAGUGUGAUGGGUUUAUUGUUGAUGGGUAGCUUCUGAAAAACGUUGUCUCUUUCUGCAGAGUUGUUGCAACACAAUCUCUUUCUGUAACUUUCACAUUUUGUACAUGUCACAUUAUCAGCUUUAAAACGCUGUUUUGAUUGUUCAAGUUAACUAUUUUAGAUUGGAAAUGCUGAAAAUGAACAUCAAUAUUACAAUGUAAAAAAAGAAAAGUAACAAUUAUGUUUAUAUUUCUCUGGAGAGCUUAAAAAAUUGUAUUUACAGACACUGAUUUUGUGUGCUUAGCCUUUAUUGAGGCUAAACUAAGUAAGAUUACAUAGGUUGUGGUGAUGCAAAAAAAAAAACAUAAACCUGCAACCAAAAUUUGGUAUACAUGUGUCAUCACUUACUGUAUUGGUUGUGUCUCUCGCUCCAGUCCUUUCUUGCAGGCACAUUUACUUCAAAUGCAGCCUGUUAAGAAAGAACCUUGAUUAAAGAAUGGGAAUAUGCAUCACAUUGACUCACUUCAUCUUCACUUGACACCCAUCAGUACUUUUUAUGUGUACUCAUAAAGAGUAUGUGCGUCAUAUUUUUUUUUCUAUAAUUUAACUCCCUUUAAAAACCUGCAUAGACAAACACACAGCGCUUGGCUUUUAGAAAGAUUCCUAAAAUGUAAAUGUUGGGAAACUGUGUUCAUUUGUAGUUUUUAGGAGCUUAAUGCAAGUUUCUUUGAAUAAUCUGUACUUUAUGCUCUGGGGCCUGUAACAGUGACCAUCCUGAGUGACUCACAGCCACUUUCAAAAGCAGUGAAAGUGAAAAUCUUCCACUGACAUGAGCUUCAUUUGCCCUCCGAUCACUUCGUUCUUGCCUUGAAAUAAUCACAUUUUCUAUUUAAAGCGUACUAUUUAAUACACACGUAUAGACAUUUGUUACCGAUGUCAUUUAGUACUGAUUACCUAUGUUUGCAUGAUGUGGCUUGAAAAUUGUGAAUAUUUUUUAAAAUGUGAUAAUGUUACAGGUGCAGUGGGAUGAGUGCUUGUUAAAGAAAAGAUUCUGUCAGAUGUUUAAUUAAAAAUCCAAUCGUGCAGUGGAGUGAAGAGCAACAAAAAAAAAAAUGUGGUAACAAUUCAGCAGGUUGAAGCAAGUUCAGUGUGUUGCUUCAAAAAGUAUUUUUGAGCUUUAUUCUGCAGCUUUGUUGCAUAGGCGUUGUAGUGUAUUUGGACUAUGAUGAUAAUGCCAAACUGUACAUUUAAAGGAGGAAUUAUUUUUUUCCACAGAAUUUCCUUUGUGAAUUGUUUGUAUGUCAUAAAUUACUGCGACAGAGUAACACCCAGAGAAGCAGAGGGAAGCUGACACAUGGAGGCACUUGUCAUCCACGGUCUUAUUAAUGUUGACAGAUUCAAUAUUACUGUUAAUCUCCUGCUAAUGAAAACAACUCUGCUGAUUUGAUUCAUUGCCACAAAUGCUGAUCAUUUGUUUUGUCUCCUGCACUCUGAUUUAACUCCUGCCUUCUAAUGUUGAUUCAUUUCAUAUUGGUUUACACACUGCUCUUUCUUCUGUAGAAUCAGCUCUUUUAAAAAAAAAAACCCUCAAUGAAAAUAUUUAUUUUAAGGCAAAAUGAAUUGGUGUACAGUAAGAGAAUGCUAUAAUGAAAUAACAACACCAGAAAAGCCACCUUGAAUCUUUUUCAUUUUGUUCUGUACUAACAAAUUAUUGUGCACAAGCAGAAAACCUACUGAUUUUUACAUUCCACUGUCAUGAAACCAGUGGUGCCGACAUGCGUAACCAUAUCCCAUUACUCAGCCAUUUGCUAGGAAAAUAGCAGGAUUGGUAUUAAAAACAUUUAGGAGAAAAAGUCUCACUGUCCUCUCCCUCAGAGGUGCUUAUCUAUAGGUUGCUUUCAUAAUUGGCCGCAGCAUUUUAAAAAGUUAUUUAUACUGCACAUAUGUUUCGUUCAUAGAUUUCAAACAGCAUCAAUCUAAAGGAAAGAGAUGAUUUGUGUGAAUGUUUCUCCUCUGAUCGCUCAUGAACUGCUUGUAGAGAAUGACCGGUGUGUGGUAAGGUUUGUUGUACAAAUGAGUAUUUGUAUCAUAAAUAUGUUGCCUUUUAAUAAAUGCUGUUUUUUGGGCUACAGAACCUACUGUAUGCGCAGAUACAAUGCAUCAGGGGCUGUUAAAAAGUGACUAUUGCUUAGUGUGGAAGCUGGUGACUUGUGCUUGGAACACAUUUGUAAGUGAAACAUACAUUAAAAUCCCUGUCUAUGCAUUA